CGGCGCACGGUUUGUGCGUCAUGAGGACGUGGCGGGAGCUGAUUGGCUGGGGCGGGAUGGCAGUGCGGCGGGCGGGCAGCGGGUAGGGCAGCGCAGCGCAGCGCGGAGCGAAGCGCAGGCCCCGCAGUAGCGUUGCUUGGGGGUGUGCUUGUUGGCUGCGUCUCCUGCUGAAUCCCGCCCGAGGCUUCCGGCUGGCGCUUCCCGCAGGAUCCGGCGCCCCCGGCCCUCCUCGCCGCCCGGCGGAGCUGGAGUCCUUCGCCUCGGCGCUUCGCAGCCCGGCACCUGCAUGGAAACUAGUUGAUGGUGGCCCGAGAUAUUUGUGGGUUAAAAGAUUUGAACUGCAACCGAAUAACACUAGGGCUGAAAAUUGAAGGAUGGCAGCAAAUCCUUCAGGACAAGGUUUCCAGAAUAAAAAUAGGGUUGCAAUCCUGGCAGAACUAGACAAGGAGAAGAGAAAGUUACUUAUGCAAAACCAGUCUUCCACAAAUCACCCUGGAGCCAGCAUUGCACUUGCAAGAUCACCGCUGAACAAGGAUUUCCGUGAUCAUGCUGAGCAACAGCACAUCGCAGCACAGCAGAAGGCUGCACUGCAGCACGCACACGCACAUUCCUCAGGAUACUUCAUAACUCAAGACUCUGCAUUUGGAAAUCUUAUUCUUCCUGUCUUACCUCGACUUGAGGCAGAAUGAGGAAUGUUUUUUCUCAGAGCUGCAAGGUCUGAUUUUUGUCUGAAGCAGGAACUGUCUGACCUUUUAAUUUCUUUACUUAUCUUAAAACCUUUUUUUUUUCCUGGAUUUUUGUGGUUGCCUUUCGGAAGUGUGAGCUCUAAGGAUGAAAAAGCAAUGUUGUUGAACAGCAAUUUUUAUCCUGUAUUUCUGUUCCUUUGUCAGGUCAAAGGCAGAUGUAAGACUUCCGUGGUGUGUGAAGUGCAUAGAGCUUGCUUUUCCCUGUUUCUGUGCUUCCUUUAAAUAAAUGUCCAAACCAGAGUCAUCAAGAGA